AUCUGCUCACGCCUUCUCCGCCACACCCGCCUCCUAAUCCAAUCCUCCAAGCUCCUCUUCGUUUCUAACCCAUAAAUUUUCAUUAUUUUUAUUUACACCCUUUUCGUUUUUCUUCCAUCCAUUUAGUCUUCCAUCUCCUAUUUCUUGAUCUUCUUCACGAUGGCCGUUGCUUACCCCCAUUUGAUUCCCGCUGAAAAUCCCGCUUCAAUGGAGUCCUCUUUGUCCGCUUUAUCUCCUCCUCCCGUUCUUUUAACACAAGACGAGCUUAAAAAAAUCGCCGCGUACAAGGCUGUUGAGUUCGUCGAAUCGGGUAUGGUUCUCGGACUCGGAACUGGGUCCACCGCGAAGCACGCUGUGGAUAGAAUCGGCGAGUUAUUGCGACAAGGAAAGCUUAAGAACAUUAUAGGAGUACCCACUUCGAAGAAAACGCACGAACAGGCGGUCUCGUUGGGGAUUCCUUUGUCGGAUCUUGAUUCCCACCCGGUUCUCGAUUUGGCCAUCGAUGGGGCGGACGAAGUCGACCCGUUUUUGAAUUUGGUGAAAGGGCGAGGUGGGUCUUUGCUGCGGGAGAAAAUGGUGGAGAGUGUGUGCAAGAAGUUUGUGGUGAUUGUUGAUGAGUCGAAAUUGGUGAGUCAUUUGGGCGGGAGUGGACUGGCUAUGCCGGUUGAAGUGGUGCCGUUUUGUUGGAAAUUUACGGCAAAACGGCUGCAGGACUUGUUUGAGGAUUGUGGGUGUGUAGCAAAGUUGAGAACUUGCUUAGAAAAAAACCAACCUUUUGUCACUGAUAAUGGAAAUUAUAUUGUUGAUUUGUAUAUCAAGAAAGAUAUUGGGGACUUGAAGGUGGCCAGUGAUGCGAUUUUGAGGCUUGCUGGUGUUGUUGAGCACGGCAUGUUUCUUGAUAUGGCUACUACUGUGAUUGUUGCAGGGGAGCUUGGGGUUAAAAUCAUACCUAAGCAAUUAACAUGAAGGGUAUUUUAGUUUCAUUUAUUUACAGGAUUUACUCAUUGUUUACCCUUUUAGAGUUGAACUUCCGGAGAGGGGUUUUUGGGUUCAUUUUAUUACAGCCAAUUGAUAAAUGUAUCUGCAAGUUUUGCUGAGACAAGGCUAAGGAUUAGGGGAGGAUUAGUGGAUUAUAACGUAAUUUUGUGGACUACUGAAUGAUAGAAAAAAAUGAAGAAAAACAUGUUGUAUUUUCAGUUGUCUUUGCAAGUUUAGAUCUAAUCUAAUUUUUAUAAAUGCCUUUGAUUUGACUGGGUCAAGGGACUUUUACUUA